UUCUGAAGUCUGAGGAAGCUGGCCCAUUUAAAUGUGCUCGGUACGUGAGAAAGGUAUAUAAGAAGCCAUGGCACUCCCAUUUCAAAAAGAGCUGGAGAAAUACAAGAACAUUGAUGAAGAUGAGCUUCUUGGCAAACUCUCAGAAGAGGAAUUGAAACAGUUGGAAAAUGUUCUAGAUGACCUAGAUCCCGAGAGUGCAAUGUUGCCAGCUGGAUUCCGACAGAAAGACCAGACGCAGAAAGCAGCCACCGGCCCAUUUGAUCGUGAGCAUCUCCUCAUGUACCUGGAGAAGGAGGCUUUGGAACAGAAAGACCGGGAGGACUUUGUGCCCUUCACAGGAGAAAAAAAAGGGAGAGUCUUCAUCCCCAAAGAAAAGCCUGUAGAAACUCGUAAGGAAGAAAAAGUGACCCUUGACCCAGAACUGGAAGAAGCUUUGGCCAGCGCAUCUGACACUGAACUCUACGAUCUUGCAGCUGUCCUUGGAGUACACAAUUUGCUCAACAAUCCAAAGUUUGAUGAAGAAACAGCCAACAAUAAAGGUGGCAAAGGGCCUGUAAGAAAUGUGGUCAAAGGCGAGAAGGUCAAUCCAAUAUUUGAGGAACCACCUAAUCCCACAAAUGUGGAAGUAAGUCUGCAGCAGAUGAAAGCCAACGAUCCCAGCCUGCAAGAAGUCAACCUCAACAACAUUAAGAACAUUCCAAUUCCAACUCUGAAGGAAUUUGCGAAGGCUCUGGAGACCAACAUUCACAUAAAGAAGUUCAGCCUGGCUGCAACCCGCAGCAGUGACCCUGUGGCCAUUGCUUUUGCAGAUAUGCUGAAAGUAAACAAGACCUUAAAAAGUCUAAACAUAGAAUCCAAUUUUAUCACUGGAAGCGGGAUCCUGGCCCUGGUAGAGGCACUAAAAGAAAAUGACACCUUGACAGAGAUCAAGAUCGACAACCAGAGGCAGCAGUUGGGAACAGCCGUAGAGAUGGAAAUUGCCCAGAUGCUGGAGGAGAAUUCAAGGAUCCUCAAGUUUGGAUACCAGUUUACCAAGCAGGGGCCACGAACAAGGGUGGCAGCUGCCAUCACAAAGAAUAAUGACCUGGUUCGUAAGAAGAGAGUUGAAGGUGACCGAAGGUAAACUUCCACAAGAGGUGAAGUUUCACCCCAGCAGCCGUUUAAAAACACACAAACAAAAACUCUCCUCCUUCCCCAUUGGGACCAUUUUAUCAAAGGUUGUUCAUUUCCGUUAACCACACAACUAAUAAUUUAAUUGUUUUUCUUUUUUAGCACUACUUGCUUAUCUUGGAUUUUUUGAUAUAUAUAGUAGUUUUAUUUGCUCAUGGGCACCUCUGGCAACUUGACAAGUGGACUGGUGCAGAUCCGAGAGAGUGACAAUGAUGGAAAAUGAUUUUAAGGUCUGGCCAGUUAGCUCAGUUGGUUGGUGUGUGGCCUUGUAACACCAAGGUCAAGGGUUCAGUUCUCCAUACCUGCCAGCUGCCAAAAAAAAAAAAAACAGAAAGAGAAUGAUUUUAACCACUUUCGUAUUGGGUUGUCUUGCUUUCUUACUUGAGCUUAUUUUUUUAAUCACUGAAAGGCAUUUAUUAUAUAAUUUGUGUUUGUAACUGUGAUUAUGAUAGAGGCCUAUCUCUGUUUACAUGCAUAGCUUUGAGUUAGGCUAAAUACAUCAGAAGUGUUCUGCUGACCACAUGCGAUGUUAGUAUUGCCAAUCUUUCACUUGGUGAAAAAAAAUGUGACCAAUUUAGCACAAAUUCUCCCUUAGUUCCAGAAAAAUCACUAAAUGUACAUGCCCCACUGAUUGAAGAUCAGUGAUGUCAUCUUCAUAAAGCAAGAUAGCAUUAUGACACUUUAACACAACAUUAGCAAAUAAGUAUAAAAUAUUUAUUAACCCGCAAAUAUAGCUUCAAGCCAGACUCACUGGUAGCAAAAUGAAUUAGCACACCCACCUUUACUGACUAUUCAGCAUAAAUUGGAUCUUUAACAUGACUCUAAAUGGAUAACUGUUUACAAAGCUGUUUUAAGGUUUUCCAUACAUGAGAGGAAAUUUUUAAAUUUUACCGAGGGAGGCUUUUAAAACACUACAUUUCUAAAUAAAACAAUAAUAAUUGCACCUUAAUCAGGGUUGUCUGGUACAUAUGAUUGCAUUAGUUUAACUUUCAUGUAAUAAAAUCACAGAGUGAAAUGUGAAAUUCCGGUUUAUUAUACAGAUUUUUGUCCACAUGGCAUGAUCCUUUCAGACAUUUGCAAACAUCAGGAAAAAAUGAGAAUUAUCAAUUAUCCAGAUGUUUGCCAUCUCAAGGACAAAGCCUGUGAAAGUAUAACAAAGAUGACUGCAUUGUAGUGUGCAUUCAUCUUUUCAUGUAGCAGUGCAACAGUGCAAUGCUAAACUGAAGAAACAGGUGACUACACCAGCUCUGAUAACUGUCAGUGCCCGAGGCUGUAAUUGGUGGCACUUUGACACUGCCUGAGGCACCUCUCCCUCUCUUCUUCCUUUCUCCCCUCCCUUCCUUCCAACACAUUCUCUCUCUUUUUUUCUUCUUUCUAAUUGUGAGCCUCAUAAUGGUGACGGUCCCUUGUGCUGGUGACACCUAGAGAGAUUGCUGACCCAGGCAGAAGGUGUUCCCACUCCAGAAUUUAGUUAGUAACUGAGUUGCUCAGUAGGAGUAAAACAAGUUAAUGGGAAAAUAAUUGAUAUAUUAUUCUAUUUAGCUUGUAAAGCACAUGGAAUCUGUUUAGGAUAGCCCUUAUAAAAAUGGAUAUUCUCCUGUACUAUAAGUACCUGCAUCUGUGUCCCUAAAGUACUUUGAAACAUCUCAUUUCCCUGAGUAUUUUUUACAUUUUUGAGGACACAAUAAGCAGUUCAUUCUGACAUUUUUGGAGCCCUAAAAAUCCUUUCAUUAGUUUGCUACUAUAUUUCCCUAUCUUUCUAAAAAACAUAGUAAGUACUAUUUGAUGGUUUUCAGUCUGAUUUUGCCUUCCUUCUUACCCAUUUAGGUGUGGGGAGUUGGAGCCAACGUGUAUAUGCUUGCUGAUUGUUAAAUUUUCAAGAGUUUUGCAAACUGGCUGCCCAACACAGCCAUUAUUAAAAAUUAAAUGAUAUGCACUUAGAACCAAAUAAAUUAUAUUAAGGACAAAAGUAAUGAACACUCAGAAUUACACUUUACUAUUUCUGUGCUCUUGAGAUGACUUACAUCUAUUGUGUCUGCAUAGUGGAAAUACUACCUAAGGGUGCACACAUCUCUUCCCAACUCCAUGUUCACUAACUUCGUGUUAGUAGUUUGAAAUUGGGCAUUGUGGGAGUACUUAAGCCAGAAAAUUAGCAGUACGUUACAAAUUGGGGCUUUUUUCUUCUCUAGAUUGCUGGUUGAUAAAUGUUCAUUAGCACACCACUGCGUGAAAUGUAUACAGUCCUCUUUUUUUUUUUUUUUUUUUUUGUAUACAUAUGUUUUGGUUAUCAUGUUGCCAAAGGGGGAGGAAUGUUUCUCUUAGGUGUCUUUUCUGCUAUUUCUUCGGAUUUGUUACCUAUUUAAGUGCUGAGUCCCUGACAUGCCUCUCCAUUUAAGCCUUUUUUCCCUUCUUUUCUCAUUCACUUUUUCUUGCCUUCAUCCCUAAGAAAUCUUGGCCCCUAUGGAGUGUUCCCUGCAGCCCACAGUGCUGUGGACUGGGGGCUAAAGCAGUUAUUGACAAACCCUAGCAGAAAACAAACAAAAAAAAAAUCAGAAUUUCAUCUUGGCUUUUUCUUCUGUACAAACAGUUGUUGAUAGUAUUAAAGCAAGAUAAUAUGUUGUUAUUAAAAAUACAGCACUGUUUUUAGCUCGUAAAAUAAUUGGGUCACAUAUAAUAGAGUCUGUGAAAUCAAAUAUU